CUGACCGGGUCGGUAUGUACCUCUUCAGAAGCCGCUGCUGUUGCCGCAACCGCCUCCGCUGCCACCGACCUCGAGGGGCUCCGUUUGCCCGCCAGUUUAGUCAACGAAUUGGCUUUUAUAGCGCAUACUUGCGGCCUAUUUUCUGUUGAUGACCUGCCUCCAUACAACUUAGUUCUCACUAAGAUGGCGCCCUCAAGUAUGAAUGCGGAUUUACCUGCUAGUCAGAUGUCUGCUUCCUCCGCAACCCCGCCAAUAAGAGAAGGGUCAUCAAUGUUGUUACCUCCCUCGUUACUGCCGGGCACCCUUGGAGAGCGUUCAGUCAACUUGGAAAACACGGAAUCGUCAGAGUCGAUGGGUGCACAGACAACACACCGUGACCGAGUCAUAUGUCGUCCCCACGGUAGGCGUGGAGCUCUGCCUCAAGCCCAACCGCGCCCUGAUCUCGAGAUUUCCACUGGCGGUUGUGCUCGUCGAGGCCGCUCUUCAGGGACGGAUGCCAUCUCCCUGGCCUCGAUACCCGACCGGCAUCAAGCUAAACGAAGCACCUCUGGUGGGAGUCAUGCUGGUUUUUCGAGGGAAGUCAACUCUGAAAGCCUGGCACCAGGGAAACAGACGUCUUCUAUCUUCCCCACAUCGACUUCCUUACAUAGUCGGGCUCGUGUGCCGGCCAAUCUUUGGCAACCAGGCCAAUUGCCUUUGCAGUUGCCAUUGCCUCUACCGCCAUCGGUGAUGACAUCGGCCUCGCAAUCAGGCACUGGCGGGCGCAUGGCUACACCGCCCGCCUUCACUGGUGCUAUGCUGUUAGCUGCGGAGACUCUGCAGCGCGAGGCAGCCCGCGAUCCCUGGUUCGAGCCGACACGCCAUCUACUUCAACGAGAGUUGACCAACCUCGAGGGCAGAUCCAUACUCGCUCUGUGA